GGCAUUAAUGCAGAUGAUCUUUUUUUUAACAUUAAGGUAUCUAGCUAGCUAACCUCCAAUUUAUUUAUAGGAAUUGCAGAUGAUCAACUUUGUGAUAUGAGUUCCAAUAUGGCAGAAUACACUGGAUCUGGAACUACAAAGAACGAUGAAGUUAGGAGAAAAUUAUUCGACUCUGCUAUGCAAGGCAAAUGGGAUGAAGCGGUGCAAGUCUACGAGCAACAACCCUGGCUCCGCCCGGAAAAGAUCACCGAAGGUGGUGACACACCACUGCAUAUAGCUGUCCGGGAUCGCCAAGAAUGGGUAGUUGAAAAAAUGGUUAAGCUUGUUGGAACUCAUUCUCAACAAUCUGAGGAUGUUCUGAAAUCAAAAAACAAGAAAGGGAAUACCCCUCUCCAUUUAGCAGCAUCGAUAGGUAAUGUUUCAAUGUGCGAAUGCUUCACUAAGGAGCACAAUGAUCUGGUAGGUAUUUGUAAUGAAGAUGGGGAAAACCCCCUCUUCUUGGCAGCUCGCCAUGGUAAGAUACAGGCUUUCAUUUGCCUCCUAGAGAAAGCUUGUGAAACAGGUCUUGCCUCUAGCGACAAUAUCCAUCGUAGGAACAAAAAAGGCGAAACAAUUAUUCAUUGUGCCAUCGCUGGAGGACACUUCGAACUAGCAUUUCUAAUAAUUGAAAGAUAUAAAGAUCUCGGUAGCAGCCGUGAUGAGAAAGGAGUCAGCCCUCUCCAUCUCCUGGCAAGUCAGCCUACUGCAUUCAGAAGUGGAACUCGCCUCAGCCUGUUUGACAAAAUCAUUUAUCAUUGUAUAUUUGUCCUUCCAACGCAUUUUGGAGAUGCCAAGAAAUCGGACAAUCCAGCAGAGAGGCAAACACUUGAGAAAUUGCUGCCUGUGCCUUGGAACAACAUCAAAGGACUGUUUUUCCUUAUAGUCAAAUUUAUCAAAAUAUGCAUUAAUCCUUCAGGUGGAGAAAAAGCAGAAAACGCUAGGAGGGCCUUGGAUGAGGAGACGCCUGCACAGGCGAUCUUUGAACAAGGGUCGGCUUCCACCCCUGGUCAAGGUGCUCAUGAGCACAGUAAAGAGGAUAAAAAAAAGGUGGGGUUGAGUCAACGUCCAGAUGAUCUACGUAAUUUUCCAGUGAACUAUGAUACUUGCUUCAACUUCAUCAGGCUUCUAAUCCAAGCAAUUCUCCUAGUCUUGGGAAUAGGGCGAAGUUAUAUAAACAAGAUACAGAAGAAGAAAGAGAAGCACGUUUGGUCUGCUAAGAUCUUGGAAAAACUACUUGAUAAAAGUAAAGGCCAUUGGUAUGAUAGCACUGGAAAAGAUCCUGUAUACACGGACAGAACAAUCCUUUACGAAGGGGAAAAAUCGAUGGAAGCUCCAUGGUCGGAUUUGCCAAGUAAGACACCCGAAAAGGUCCCGGAAUAUGAGGAAAGCUCCAAAGAAGGGACAAGUGAAAAAGGAGUUGGUAAUGACAUGCACAAACAAGUCGAAAGUUCUACUAAUCUCAUGCACAAACUACUCGAAGAAGCUCAAAGAUCUACUGGCCUUAUACACGAGCUACUCGAGCAAGCUCAUAGAUUACCUACCAUGAAUGAAAACAACCAAAAAUGGCACAAAAGUAUCAAGGAAGAUUCAAAUUGGGCUCUAAUGCAAACGAUGUGUAAAGCCGUCAACCAAACUGCGAAAAAAUUGGGUGAUGAGCUUCUUUCAGGAACUGAGAAUAAAAAUCAAGAGACAGAAAAAUUGAGGACACCCGUAUUAAUUGCAGCAAAGAAUGGUAUCAAGGAAAUGGUGGAGAGCAUCCUUGACUGUUCCCCCAUGGCCAUUCAUGACGCUAGCCCAGAGAAGAAGAAUAUAGUACUAUUGGCCGUCGAGAAUAGGCAUCCCCAUCUGUAUAAGGUUUUACUGAAGAGAGUGAAUAACAUGACCGAUAGUGUAUUUGGUGCAGUGGAUGAUAAUGGGAAUAGUGCGUUGCAUCUCGCUGCAAUGUUUACUGAUGAUAGGCCUUGGCUCACUCCUGGUGCUGCAUUGCAAAUGCAGUGGGAAGUCAAGUGGUUUGAGUAUGUGAGGAACUCCAGGCCACCAAAUUUCUUCCCCAUCCUCAACAACAAUAACGAGUCCCCACAGCAGAUUUUCACAGAUAAUCACAAAGAUCUGGUGCAGAAGGGUGGAGAAUGGCUAAACAAUACAGCCACUUCAUGCUCUGUGGUGUCUACACUCAUUGCAACCGUAGCUUUCGCCACAUCAACGACUUUACCUGGUGGCAACAUGGACAUUACUGGACUGCCCGUUCUUGAGCUGAAGCCUGCAUUUCAUCUCUUUGCAAUUUCGUCACUCGUUGCACUUUGCUCUUCAAUCACCUCCACUAUCAUGUUUCUUGCCAUCCUCACAUCCAGGCAACAAGAAAAAGACUUUGCCAAAGACCUGCCCGCAAAGCUUUUGGUUGGAUUAACAACUCUUUUUCUGUCCAUAUUGGCCAUCUUGGUCUCCUUCUGCUCUGCCCACUUCUUUGUGCUCCAAAAAGAACUCAGAAAUUAUGCACUUCCAAUAUAUGCUGUGACGUGCCUGCCAGUAACUCUUUUUGCCAUAGCCCAGCUUCCAUUAUACGUUGAUCUCAUAUGGACUACUUUCAGCACAGCGCCUCAGCUUCCUUUGGAGGACAAUACCUAGGGGUUGUUGCAUGAUUUUGCAUGCCUUCCACUUUUGAGCUUGAUGGCAAUGCUUAUUUAUUUAUUUGUUUGUUUAUUUCACCUCAUUUCUAAUUUUCCUUUUCUAGUUGACUCCUAGAAAAGCCAACCUUGUGAUGGCCAACUAGGGUUUGGGUCCUGGUUUUUCUUUGUUUUCUUUUUGUCUUCAUUUUUAUUGUUUGUUCUCUUGUGAAACAUCUGAUGGGAGCUUUAAGAUCUCUAAUGUCUGGCUAUUUUCAUUGAUAUUUUUUAUUAAUGAAGUUGAUAUUGUUCUCUAA